GGCUGAAGAUAGCUUCCUACAUCCUGAUAGGUGUAGGGGGUCUCUCCAUGUUGAUGGGCUUCCUGGGCUGCCUGGGGACCAUCUACGAGAUCCGCUGUCUGCUGGGCCUGGUGAGCACACACACGCACACACACACACACACACACACACACACACACACACACACACACACACACACACACACACACACACACACACACACAGGCACACACACACACAGGCACACACAGGCACAGCACACACACACACACACACACACAGGCACAGGCACACACACAGGCACACACACACACAGGCACAGCACACACAGGCACACACACACACACAGCACACACACAGGCACACACACACACACACACACACACACACACAGGCACACACACGCACACACACACACACAGGCACACACACACACACAGGCACAAACACACAGGCACACACACACACACACAGGCACACACAGGCACAGGCACACACACACACACACACGUACACACACGCACAGGCACACACACAGGCACACACACACACACAGGCACACACACACACAGGCACAAACACACAGGCACACACACACACACACACACAUACUUGACUGCCUGGUGUGACUUACAGUCCGUGGUGCAUUAAGCUAAAGUAGGUAACCAUAUUGCAUUUAAAACUAAAACAUCUUAAAAAGUAGCUGGCAUCUACAAAAUCUACACUGAGUGUACAGAACAUUAAGAACACCUGCUCUUUCCAUGACAUGACCAGGUGAAAGCUAUGAUCCCUUAGCUACAUACCUGUUAAAUCAGUGUAGAUGAAGGAAAGAUUUUUAAGCCUUCAAACAAUUGAGACAUGGAUUGUGUAUGUGUGCCAUUCAGUGGGUGACUGGGCAAGACAAAACAUGUAAGUGCCUUUGAACGGGGUAUGGUAGUAGGUGCCAGGCGCACCGGUUUGAGUGUGUCAAGAACUUAAACACUGCUGGGUUUUUCACGCUCAACAGUUUCCCGUGUGUAUCAAGAAUGGUCCUCUACCCAAAGGACAUCCAUCCAACUUGACACAACUGUGGGAAGAAUUGGGGUCAACAUGUGGAACGCUUUCAACACCUUGUAGAGUCCAUGCCCUGACGAAUUGAGGCUGUUCUGAGGACAAAAGGGGGUGCAACCCAAUAUUAGGAAGGUGUUGCUAAUGUUUUGUACACUCAGUGUAUGCUAGUGUGAAUACAUUACAAACUAUUGCUACUGUACAGGGAGUAGUCUCCCACAAAGCCCGAUGGAUGUUCCAGUUCAUAUUGUAGAACCACAAAUCCCCAUGGAUGUUCCAGUUCAUAUUGUAGAACCACAAAGCCCCAUGGAUGUUCCAGUUCAUAUUGUAGAACCACAAAGCCCCAUGGAUGUUCCAGUUCAUAUUGUAGAACCACAAAGCCCCAUGGAUGUUCCAGUUCAUAUUGUAGAACCACAAAUCCCCAUGGAUGUUCCAGUUCAUAUUGUAGAACCACAAAGCCCCAUGGAUGUUCCAGUUCAUAUUGUAGAACCACAAAUCCCCAUGGAUGUUCCAGUUCAUAUUGUAGAACCACAAAUCCCCAUGAAUGUUCCAGUUCAUAUUGUAGAACCACAAAGGAGAUGAUGCAGAUUCUGCCUCCAGGGUUACGACUGUAGUUUUUGUUUGGAAGUUCACAUCCUAGUAAAUUAUUUAGAUACAUUGUUGAAUACAUAAUGCAAUUAUAUUUGAAGGCAGGGGGUAUUGAUGUCGGGAUGGAUAGAUGUUCAUGCAUUGUUAUGAUGGACUGUUGCCAUAGUGAUGUCAUCUCCAUAUAUCCCAUGAUCCUCUCUUCCUCCCCAGUACUUCACCUGCCUGCUGCUGAUUCUGAUUGGUCAGGUGGCAGCUGGUGUACUCCUCUACUUCCAGAAAGACCUGGUAAGUGAUGUCACUUCCUGUUUACACCUGUUGUUGGUCGCGUUCAGGAAAGAGCAACUUACUGAAUAUUGCCGAUAUAAAUACCAUGUGUAUAUAUAACUUUGCCAUUCUUACUCUACAUGUCAGAAAAGUAUGUAAUUGUAUUUUAUUUUGUCAUUUAGCAGACGCUCUUAUCCAGAGUGACUUACAGGAGCAAUUAGGGUUAAGUGCCUUGCUCAAGGGCACAUCAACAGAUUUUUCACCUAGGCAGCUCGGGGAUUUGAACCAGUGACCUUUCGGUUACUGGCCCAACGCUCUUACCCACCACCGCUCUUACUGCUACCUGCCACCGCUCUUAACCACUAGGCUACCUGCCUCCACCACUCUUAACCACUAGGCUACCUGCCACCACUCUUAACCACUAGGCUACCUGCCUGCCACCACUCUUAACCACUAGGCUACCUGCCACCACUCUUAACCACUAGGCUACCUGCCACCACUCUUAACCACUAGGCUACCUGCCCACCACUCUUAACCACUAGGCUACCUGCCACCGCUCUUAACCAAAUGGCUACCUGCCCCAACUGGCUCUUAAAACCCCAGCUUUCUGCCUGCCACCACUCUUAACCACUAGGCUACCUGCCACCGCUCUUAACCACUAGGUACCCCCACCACUCUAACCACUAGGCUCUGGGGCCCCCGUCUUAACCACUAGGCUACCUGCCUGCCACCACUUUAACCACUUGGGUACCUGCACCGCUCUAACCACUAGGCUAACUGCCUUUCCACCGCUCUUAACCCAGGCACGCCGCCAACCAUCUUCACUGGCUACUUGCCCGCCACCCCUCUUAACCACUAGGUACCUGCCUGCCACCGCUCUUAAACCACCCAGGCAUCCUGCCUGCCACCGGGUUCUUAAACCACUAGGUACCUGCUGCCACCCCUUUAACCCCCAGGCCUAACCUGGCACCGCUCCUAACCACUAGGCUACCGCCUGCCCACCGCUCUUAACCUAGGCUACUGCACCCCCCCUUAACCACUAGGCCGCUUUCCACACUCUUAACCACUAGGCUACCCCUGCUCCACCACUCUUAACCAUUUGGCUUUCCUGCGCCACCACUUUAACCAUGGGACUGGCACCCCUUAAACCACUAGGGUAACCUGCCACCACUCUAACCAUUUAGGCUACGCAAACCACUUAACAUAGGCCCACCUGCCACGCCUUAACCACUGGGUAGCACCCUCUAAAACCACUAGGGUACCUGCCCCGCUCUUAACCAAGGCUACUGCACGCUCUUUAAACCCCUAGGCUACUGCCACGCUCUAACCACUAGGCUACCUGCCUGCACCACUCUUAACCAUAGGCUACCUGCACCGCUCUUAACACUAGGGUACUGCCACCGCUCUUAACACUAGGCUACCUGCCACCACUCUAACCAUAGGUACCCGCCACCACUCUUAACCAUAGGCUACGCCACCGCUCUUAACCACUAGGUACCGCCCGCCACCACUCUUAACCACUAGGCUACCGCCCCCGCUCUUAACCCCUAGGCACCUUGCCACCAACUCUUAAACCCUUAGGCUACCUGCAACCACUCUAACCACUAGGUACUGCCUGCCACCACUUUAACCACAGGCUACCGCUGCCACCCCUUAACCACUAGGCUACCUGCCACCGCUCUUACCCUAGGCUACUGCUGCACGCUCUUAACCACUAGGCUACUGCCCCACCAUCUUAACCACUAGGCACCUGGCACGCUCUAACCAUAGGUACCUGCACCACUUUAACCAAUAGGCUACCCGCCUGCCACCGCUCUUAACCUAGGUCCCGCUGCCACGCUCUUAACACAGGUACCUUUCCCCCUCUUAACCACUAGGCUCCUACCUGCCACGCUUUAACCAUAGGCUACUGCCACCGUUUUUUUAAACCCCUAGGGGUACCUGCUGCACACUCUUUAAACCACUAGGGGUACCGCCCCGCUCUAACCACUAGGCUACCUGCCGCACCACUCCCUUAAAACCCCUAGGCUACCCGCCUGCCACCACUCUUAAACACUAGGCACCUGCCACGCUUAACACUAGGACUGCACCGGUCUUAACCACUAGGGACUGCCAACAAAUUAACCACUAGGCUGCCUGCCACACUCUAAAACCACUGGCUACCGCCAACCAUCUUAACCACUAGGCUACCUGCCACCACUUAACACUAGGCUGCUGCCACACUCUUAACCACUAGGUACUGCCACCACUCUUAACCCCUAGGUACUGCCCCCAACUCUUAACCACUAGGCUACCUGCCACCACUCUUAACCACUAGGCUACCUGCACACUCUAACCACUAGGCUACCUGCCAACUUAACCUAGGACCCCACCACUCUUAACCACAGGCAACUGCACCACUCUUAACCACUAGGCUAACCCGCCACCGCUCUUUAACCCCUAGGCUACCUGGCACCGUCUGGUUUCCUGAAAUUCAAAUGUUUCAACCCGCCUGAACCAAACCCGUUUGGUUGAAAAUGACUCGGAACACCCUUUAGACUACACCUUGUUUUGAGACUACACCUUGUUUUGAGACUACACCUUGUUUUGAGACUACACCUUGUUUUGAGACUGCACCUUGUUUUGAGACCUGCCUACUGAUUACACCUUUUACUUUUAGUCAGAGACAAAAGCUGUAUUGACAUGACUGUGUUGGAGUAUAACUGCCAAGAAAAUAUAAUUAUUUCCAAGGAAUGAAAAGUGUUCCCAGCUUCUCUGGGACUUUCUAUGUGUGGGUUGUCAAUAGCACACUAUAAAGAAUUUCCCCUGUUGGUUUCAUUUAGCUAAGAUGAGUUUGUGAUAAAACACCCCUGACAAGCCAAUAGAUAGUGGCUGUUUCCCAAAUGGCACCAUAUUCCUUAUCCCUAUGGGCCCUGCUCAAAAGACAUGAACCGGGUGCCAUUUGGGACAAGCCAGCGUCAUGUCAAGCUGAUUGAGCGGUGUUUGGUAUCACAGUGCCCCCUGUUGUUCACUAUGAAAACUGCAGGGCACUAGUGUGGUGGUGGUUAUUAAUGCACAGGAGGCCCCAGGAGGUCCAGAGGAAAGUGGCCCCUGUGGGGGUGUUUUGUCAGUGAGGGGCAUAAACAAAGGGGGCGAAAGAGAGAGGGUUGGUUGUCAGUGGGAAGGGGUCAAAAAGAGAGAGGUGUUGUCUGUCAGUGAGGAGAGGGGUCUGAGGGGAGGGGUCAGAAGGAGAGAGGUUUUUCUGCGUGAGGAGGGGGUCGAGAGAGAGAGGUGUGUUUGCAUGAGGAGAGGGGGGCAGAGAGAAGGGGGUUUUUUUUCGUAGGAGGGGGGUCAGAGAGACGAGGGGUUGUUGUCAGUGAGGAGAGGGGUCAGAGAGAGAGGUGUGUCUGUCAGUGAGGAGAGGGGUCAGAGAGAGAGAGGUGUGUCGUCAGUGGGGGAAGGGGGGGAAGGGAGGGGGUUGAGGAGGAGAGGGGAGAGGGGAGAGGGGGGGGUGUUGUCAUGAGGAGAGGGGUCAGAGAGAGAAGAGGGUGUCUGUCAGUGAGGAGAGGGGUCAGGAGAGAGAGGUGUGUCUGUCAGUGAGGAGAGGGGUCAGAGAGAGAGAGGUGUCUGUCACUGAGGGGAGAGGGGUCAGAGAGAGAGAGGUGUUGUCUGUCAGUGAGGAGAGGGGUCAGAGAGAGAGAGGUGUGUCUGUCAGUGAGGAGAGGGGUCAGAGAGAGAGAGGUGUGUCUGUCAGUGAGGAGAGGGGUCCGUGAGGAGAGGGUAGGAGAGAGGUGUCUGUCAGGAGGAGAGGGGUCAAAAGAGAGAGGUGGUUGUCAGGAGGAGAGGGUCAGAGAGAGAGGUGUGUUGUCAGGAGGGGGGGGCGAGAGAGGAGAGAGGUGGUGUCUUAGGAGGAGAGGGGGUCAGAGACGAGAGAGGGUGUUUUGAGUGAGGAGAGGGGGAGGAGAAGGAGGGUGUCGUCAUAGGAGAGGGGGCAGAGGAGAGAGAGAGAGGGGUUGUUGCAGGAGGAAGGGGUAGAGGAGAGAGGGGUUCUGGGGCAGUGAGGAAGGGGCGAAAGAGGGGGGUCGCUGCAGUGAGGAGGGGGUCAGAGAGAGAGGGAGGAGGGUGUGUCUGUCGUGGGAGAGGGGGGGCAGAGGGGGUGACUGCUGCUGGGAGGAAAAACCACACCACUAAGAGAGGUGUAAACACAGAUGUGGAUAAUUGAAGAAACAGCCACACACCACCACACAGAGGGAUACUUUAUAACCCUUUAGCUGGUUUGGGAAAGGCCAGCAGAAGCUAUAGACUUGGAAUGGAACAGAACCCACCCUGGCUGGAGAGGAUAGUUUGCUGGCUUGAUUCAGGGGCCCUUUGGACAAAAAACCACACAACACCCCCAAACUUUUCUGUCCCCAGGGACCUGAAGGGAAGCACUGACUGGUUUACACCGUAAAGCUGGAAUCCACCUCUCAGACCCAGAUUUUGCCUGCGUCCCAAAUGGAAACCCUUUUUCCCCUUUUAGUGAAACUCCCCAAAAGUAGUCACUACAGUAUAUAGGGAAUAGGGUUUGCUUUUUUGGGACAGCCCUAAAAUAUUACCCUGAGUACCCCUGCGGGCUCCCUGCUUAUUCUAUCUGAAAGAGAACCCUCGUUGGAAGCCCUGGACCCAAACAUCAGCCACGGCGCUCCCCUUUGGGCCAAAAAGGAUUUUUUAAAGAUGACAUGUUGCUUCAGCGCUUUAAACAAGAUCUGCUUUUUCACUAUAACUAAGCAUUUCAACACAACAGACAUGUCCAAAUCAUGUAGCUUUUAAAGGGGUGGCGGGAAAAACGCACCCAAAAAUGGCCCCCCAAAUUUCCCCUUUAUAGUGCCCAAACUGUUGACAAGGGAAAUAGAGCCCUUAAAAAGUAGUACACUCCCGUGCAUUGGGAAAAAGUUUCAGACCCCUUGAUUUUUUCCCCAAACCAAUUUUGUUACAUUAGAGCCUUUUCCCCCAAUAAAUCUAAAAAAAAUUACCCCCAAAAAGAAACCCAAUCUACCCCCCAUAAAACAAUUUUCCCACCCCAUAGUAACAAUCACCCCCAUAGAAAACAACUACCCCCCAAAGAAACAAUCUCCCCCCAUAGAAACAAUUCCCACCCCAUAUUAAAAAUAUACACCCAUAUUUAAACAAUUACCCCCCAUGUAAAAUCUACCCCCAUAGUAAAUCUACCCCCCAUAGAAAACAAUUUCCCCCAUAUUUAAAAAUUUUCCCCCCAAAUAGAAACCCAAUCUCCCCCCAAAAGAAAACAAUAUAACCCCUUUAGAAAACAAUCCCCCCAUAGAAACACUUCCCCCCCCUUUUAGUAAAAAAUUAACACCCUAUUUAACAAUUUUCCCAACCCCAUAGUAAAAAUUCCCACCCAAAAACCCAAUCUACCCCUAGUAACAAAAAAAACCACCCCAUAGAAAACAAUAACCCCCCCUAGUAAAAUCCCCCACCCCUUUGGUAACAAUCUACACCCCAUAGUAACAAUCUACCCCCCAUAGUAACAAUCUACACCCCCUAGAAAACCAAUCUACCCCCAAUAGUAAAAACCUCUACCCCCCCAUAGAAACCAAUCUAAAACCCAUAGUAACAACUACACCCAUAGAAUAAUCUACCCCCCCAUAGUAACAAUAUACCCCCCCAUGUAAAAAUCUACACCCCCAAGUAACGCCUCCACACCAUAGAAACCCCAAUCUACCCCAUGAACAAUCUACACCCCUAGAAAACCAAUCUACCCCCCUAUAAAAUCUACCCCCCUAGUAACAAUAUAAAACCCCCUAUUAACAAUCUAAAACCCCAUAGUAACAAUAUACACCCCAUAGUAACAAUCUACACCCCAUAGUAACAGAGAAAAACAUUUUUUAGGUUUUUUUAAAAUACUAAAAAUUCCCAUUUACAUACAGUUAAAAGGUCGGAAUUUUACAUCAUCUUACCAAAUGCUUUUAAAAACUCAUUUUUUCACAAUCAUGACUUUUAAUCCUAAAAAAAUUUCCCUUUUUCUUGGGUUCGUUGGGAAAUCACCACUUUUUUUUUAAGAAUUAAAAAUGUCGAAUAAUUUGGGGAAAAUUUUGUAUUUCAGCUUUUUUUUUUCAUCACUUUCCCCCGUGGGCCCGAAUUUUUACUACACCCCAAUUAGUUUUUGGUUUACAUUCCUUUUAAAUUGUUUAAUUUGGGGUCAAAUGUUUGGGGUAGCCUUCCACAAGCUUUCCAAAAAAAAAGUUGGGUAAAUUUUGGCCCUUUCCCCCUCCUAAAAACAAGCUUGUGAAAAACUGAUCAUUUUGACCCUCCUUGCUCGCCCCACUUUUUUUUUCAUUUUUGCCCAAAAAUUUUCCAUAGGAUUGAGGUCAGGGCUUUGGUGCUGGCCACUCCAAUACCUUGACUUUGUUGUCCUUAAGCCAUUUUGCCACAACUUUGGAAGAUUGCUUGGGGUCAUUGUCCAUUUGGAAGACCAUUUGCGACCAAGCUUUAACUUCCUGACUGAUGUCUUGAGAUGUUACUUCAAUAUAUCCACAUAAUUUUCCUUCCUCAUGAUGCCAUCUAUUUUGUGAAGUGCACCAGUCCCUCCUGCAGCAAAGCACCCCCACAGCAUGAUGGUGUUCUUCGGCUUGCAAAGCAACCCCCUUUUUCCUCCAAACACAACAAUGGUCAUUAUGGCCAAACAGUUUCUAUUUUUGUUUCAUCAGACCAGAGGACAUUUCUCCAAAAAGUACUAUCUCUGUCCCCAUGUGCAGUUUGCCAAAACCGUUAGUGUGGCUUUUUAUGGCGGGUUUUGGAGCAGUGGCUUCUUCCUUGCUGAGCGGCCUUUCAGGUUAUGUCGAUAUAGGACUAGUGUUACUGUGGAUAUAGAUACUUUUGUACCUGUUUCCUCCAGCAUCUUCACAAGGUCCUUUGCUGUUGUUCUGGGAUUGAUUUGCACUUUUCGCACCAAAGUAGCGUCUCGACGGCUGCGUGGUCCCAUGGUGUUUAUACUUGCAUACUAUUGUUUGUACAGAUGAACGUGGUACCUUCAGGCAUUUGGAAAUUGCUCCCAAGGAUGAACCAGACUUGUGGAGGUCUACAAUGUUUUUUCUGAGGUCUUGGCUUAUUUCUUUUGAUUUUCCCAUGAUGUCAAGCAAAGAGGCACUGCGUUUGAAGGUAGGUCUUGAAAUACAUCCACAGGUACACCUCCAAUUGACUCAAAUGAUGUCAAUUAGCCUAUCAGAAGCUUCUAAAGCCAUGACAUAAUUUUCUGGAAUUUUCCAAGCUGUUUAAAGGCACAGUCAACUUAGUGUAUGUAAACUUCUGACCCACUGGAAUUGUGAUACAGUGAAUUGUAAGUGAAAUAAUCUGUCUGUAAACAAUUGUUGGAAAAAUGACUUGUGUCAUGCACAAAGUACAUGUCCUAACCGACUUGCCAAAACUAUAGUUUGUUAACAAGACAUUUGUGGAGUGGUUGAAAAAUGAGUUUUAAUGACUCCAACCUAAGUGUAUGUAAACUUCCGCCUUCAACUGUAAGUAUUCAGACCCUUUACUCAGAACUUUGUUGAAGCACCUUUGGCAGCGAUUACAGCCUUGAGUCUUCUUGAGUAUGACGCUACAAGCUUGGCACACCUGUAUUUGGGGAGUUUCUCCCAUUCCUCUCUGCAGAUCCUCUCAAGCUCUGUCAAGUUGGUAUGGGGAGCGUUGCUGCACAGCUAUUUUCAGAUCUCUCCGGAAAUGUUCGAUCGGGUUCAAGUCCGGGCUCUGGCUGGGCCACUGAAGGACAUUCAGAGACUUGUCCCGAAGCCCCUCCUGCGUUGUCUUGGCUGUGUGCUUAGGGUCGUUGUCCUGUUGGAAGGUGAACCUUCGCCCCAGUCUGAGGUCCUGAGCGCUCGGGAGCAGGUUUUCAUCAAGGAUCUCUAUGUACUUUGCUACAUUCAUCUUUGCCUCGAUCCUGACUAGUCUCCCAGUCCCUGCCGCUGAAAAACAUCCCCACAGCAUGAUGCUGCAACCACCAUGCUUCACCAUAGGGAUGGUGCCAGGUUUAAGAAUGAUGGAGGCCACUGUGUUCUUGGGGACCUUCAAUGCUGCAGAAAUGUUUUGGUACCCUUCCCCAGAUCUGUGCCUCAACACAAUCCUGUCUCGGAGCUCUACGGACAAUUCCUUCGACCUCAUGGCUUGGUUUUUGCUCUAAUAAAUGUGCAAAAAUUUAUAAAAACCUGUUUUCACUUUGUCAUUAUUAAUAUUAUCGGGUAUUGUGUGUAGAUUGAUGAGAACCCCCCCCCGCCCCAAUUUAAUCAAUUUUAGAAAAUGGCUGUAACAUAACAAAAUGUGGAAAAAGUCAAGGGGUCUGAAUACUUUCCGAAUGCACUGUAGUGCACUACUUUUGACUGGAGCUCUAUGUGCCCUUGUCAACAGUAGUGCACUAUAAAGGGAAUAGGGUGCCAUUUGGGACAAAGGCUCCGUGCACUUUAUUUACCCGAUUCAACAGAGAAGGAAUGGAGAGGGGUCAGAGUGGAGUUGGAACCAUAUUUACCCGAUUCAACAGAGAAGGAAUGGAGAGAGGUCAGAGUGGAGUUGGAACCAUAUUUACCCGAUUCAACAGAGAAGGAAUGGAGAGAGGUCAGAGGUGGAGUUGGAACCAUAUUUACCCGAUUCAACAGAGAAGGAAUGGAGAGGGGGUCAGAGUGGAGUUGGAACCAUAUUUACCCGAUUCAACAGAGAAGGAAUGGAGAGGGGUCAGGAGUGAGUUGGAACCAUAUUUACCUGAUUCAACAGAGAAGGAAUGGAGAGGGGUCCGAGUGGAGUUGGAACCAUAUUUACCCGAUUCAACAGAGAAGGAAUGGAGAGGGGUCAGAGAGUGGAGUUGGAACCAUAUUUACCCGAUUCAACAGAGAAGGAAUGGAGAGGGGUCAGAGUGGAGUUGGAACCAUAUUUACCCGAUUCAACAGAGAAGGAAUGGAGAGGGGUCAGAGAGUGGGAGUUGGAACCAUAUUUACCCGAUUACAGAGAAGGAAUGGAGAGGGGUUCAGAGUGGAGACAUAAGAUUGCACAAAACGAUGCUAGUUUUGAAUGAUCAGGGACAUUUUUCUCAAGGAAUUUAUUCUGAUUUAUUAAACUGAUUAUCUCUCUAGUUCUGGGCAUUGUGUUAGUGUUUUCUCUCCAGGCAUUGUGUUUGUGUUGGAAACUUUAGUUUAGAAACCAACACUGUCUGACUCUCUGGCUGACUGGUUGAUUGACUCUGGCUGACUUGACUGGUUUCCCCCUUCUCUCUCUGUCUCAGCUAAAUAAUGAGAUGUCCAACAUCAUGACCCAGAUCCUGAAAAACUACCCUGGCAAGAACAGCACCACCGAGCAGGCCUGGGACUACAUACAGAGGACGGUGAGUGGAGAGCACAGAUCUAGGAUCAGGUUAUAUCUUCCCUUUAACUCUAACCUGAACCAUUAGAGUGGAGAACACUAGCUGACCUUAGAUCACUGUCUACAACUUCAAUCCUACUCUGAGUAGAGCCAAUGUGAAAGUGACGCCUAGAGGUCAGAAUACAGAAAUUUAACAAGAUUGAAAGAGUCGAUUAGGGGGUCCGGGGGCAUGACGCCCAUAAAUAAAAUAAAAAUUUGAACUAAGGGAAAAGGGUGUUAUUUUUUACUUGCAACGGAGGUCAAUUUCGAACCAGUUCAAAAGUCAACACACCAGUCGACUAUAUAGGGAUUUAACGGUUCAAAAAGAAUGUACCUGUAGUUUUAUGGUGAACUGGCAAGUGGUGUUAACCCUGCUAAGAAAAUUCAUAAAAUACAGUGGAUCUUGACCAAUCAUUUGCAUAGGUUUGGCAAUUACCUGAAGUGAAACGAACCAGUGUGAUCUAAGUAGUCGAGUAGCUUGGUGUAAGGUUCUCUGUACAGAAAUUAGACUUGUGUCACUUGUUUGGCACCAUUCCUGGGUGUUAACUCCACGUUUGAAGCAGUCGUAAAAAAACAUCUAAAUGGAUUGUUCAGUGGAGCCAAACCAUAGCUGUUAGAAAUGGAUUGACAGGAAGGCCUUCCGCCAAGCUCUUAAAGCUCCAUCUGUCUGGAAAAGUGAUUUCAAACAAAGGAAAUGGGAAAAUACUUUAAAAACACUUAAAGGGGGAAAAGUCUUUGCCUAGCUUAAAAAUUUACGGAAGGGUUGGGGCAGCUCAUUUUUUGAAAAAAAAAAAGGAAAGUUUUCCUUGGGUUUCUCCCUUUUACCUGGCCCCUUUUUCUAUCAUUUUUUACAACUUUUUUAUUUUUCUGCAGGGGGCCCCUUUUUUUCGUAUCUUAUUUUAAGGGGGAAAGCCCCCCUUCUUAAAAAUUUUUUGUGCUUUCCCAAUGGCCUUUUCUUCCUCUCUUUGUCGCCUCUUCUUGUUUGGCCCCUUUUUCUGUUUUUUGGUCUCUCUCCCCCCCUUUAUUCUCUAUACCUAUCUCUUCUUUCGUUCUUUUUCUUCUUUUUGGGGCUUUUUUUUUUCCCCUCUCUGUUCUUCUCUUUGUUUUCUUCUUUUUCUUUUUCUCUUUCUUCGUCUCCCUUUCUGUGUUGUUCCUUCUCUCUUCUUGUUUAUCUCUUUCUUUUCCUUCCCAUCCCUCUUUCCUUCCCUCCCUCACCCCCCUUUUUCAGAGGAGUUUUUGUGGAUGGAGUGGUGUAUGGAGGGCAUGGUAAUCGUCUGGGAAAUUUCCCGUGUUUUUCCCAGUUCCCCCAGAACGCGUCGGGUUUGAGGGUAAAUUCCCUCCGACAGGGUUUUUGUGAGGCACAGUCAGCUGAGGGCCCCCGUUCCCAAAAGGGUAAGAACACUGAUUUAUUGGGGUUGGGUUUGAUUAAGAGAAGAACAUCCUAAAAAAGAGGCUGUAUAGUACUGUGCAACGGUGUCAGUACUCCAGAAGUGGGUUUUUGUCAAUUUAAAAGGCAUUGAAAUAUGGUCACAUUGUUUGACCCAUUUUGAUUUAUUUUUGCCAAUGAACACCAUCAAAAACCACCAUCACCUGAAUUAUUGGGCUUUGUUUAAAAUACAUCCUCUUUGUUUCUUUGUUCUUGUCUCUCUCUUGUCUCUCUGUGUUUCUUUUCCUUUUCUUCUCUCUCGUUCCUUUCUAAUUCAAUUUAAGGGCUUUUUUUUGGAGGGAAACGUAUUUGUUAAAUUGCCAAAAAAAGUGAAAAAUAGAUAGUAAAAAAAAAAGGAAAUAAACAAAAAAAUUUAAAGUAAACAUUUCACAGAAGUUUAAAAGAAAAAAAAGAAUUUAAAGUCAUUUUUAAUAUUAAGUGUUUGAAAAAUGUUAUAUUAUUUUUUCCUUUUUAUUCCUAUUUCUUUUUGUUUUUUUUGUUAUUUGUUAUUUUGUUAUUAUAUGUUUUUGGGGUUAGUAUUUUUUAUUUCUUAUUUUCUUUGUUUGUUGUCUGUUGUUGUUUUGUUUUGUCUGUUGUUUUGUUAUUUUUGUUGUAUUUUUGUUGUUGUUUUGUUGCUUUUGUUGUUGUAUGUUGUUGUUGUUUUGUUGAUUUUUUAGUUGUUGUUGGGGGUGUAUGUUUUGUUGUUGUAUGUAUGUUGUUGGGGUUUUUGUUGUUGUUUUGUUGUUGUAUGUAUGUUUUGUUGUCUGUUGAUGUAUUUGUAUUUAUUAGUUUUUUAAAUAUUUGAUUAUUAUUGUUUAGUUUGUCUUUUUUUCUUUGUUUUUAUUUUUGUCUUUUUUGUUUUUUUUUUGUUUUUUUCUGUUUUUUGGGUUUUUUCUUUUCUGUUUUUUUUUUGUUUUUUUUUGUUUUUUGUUUUUUUUUGUUUUUUUUGUUUUUUUUUUUUCUUUUUUUUUGUCUCUUCUUGUUUUCCCCUUUGCUCUUUUUUGUCUUCUCUUUCGUCUCUCUUUUUCGUUCUUUUCUCUCUGUUCUUUCUUGUCCCUCCUUGUACUCCUUUUGGGCGGGUGUUUGCCCUUUCCUGGGGGUUCCUGGGAGGGCUGUAUUGGGGGAAAGAAACAUUUCAUUCUUAAAGGGCCGCCCCUUCUUCAUAGGAAAGAACAAAAUAAUUUAUAGGACCAGAACAACAUAUACAUUCUAUAGGACCAGAACAACAUAUACAUUCUAUAGAACCAGAACAACAUAUACAUUCUAUAGGACCAGAACAACAUAUACAUUCUAUAGAACCAGAACAACAUAUACAUUCUAUAGGACCAGAACAACAUAUACAUUCUAUAGGACCAGAAACAACAUAUACAUUCUAUAGGACCAGAACAACACAUACAUUCUAUAGGACCAGACAAACAUUACAUUCUAUAGAACCAGAACAAACAUAUACAUUCUAUAGGACCAGAACAACAUAUACAUUCUAUAGAACCAGAACAACAUAUACAUUCUAUAGGACCAGAACAACAUAUACAUUCUAUAGGACCAGAACAACAUAUACAUUCUAUAGGACCAGAACAACACAUACAUUCUAUAGGACCAGAACAACACAUACAUUCUAUAGGACCAGAACAACAUAUACAUUCUAUAGGACCAGAACAACAUAUACAUUCUAUAGGACAAUGUGUUUCAUCUUAAUCCAAUACAACCAAAAUCAGGUAUUUGAGAGCUUCUGAAAGCAAGGGCUUUUUUUCUCCCUGAAUCAUGUCUGUCAGGCAGGUCUCUCAGCCAGACAGAUGUUUAUCAUAUCUGUCAGACAGGUCUCUCAGCCAGACAGAUGUUUAUCAUAUCUGUCAGGCAGGUCUCUCAGCCAGACAGAUGUUUAUCAUAAGAGGAAUAACUGCCUGUCAGAAACAGCUUCUGACCUCUUGACUUAAUCCACGUCACUUCCAAGCCAGCAGCUCUUUUUUUUUUUUGUGUGUAUGUAAACGCUUCAUGCUACAGGAGCAUACAUUGAUCACAGCUAUUGAGAGAACCCUCCUGAAAGGCUUUAGAUGUAGUGAUGCUGUUAACCUGACCUCUGACCUCUGUGUUCUACAGCUCCUGGGUAUGAUCCUGUCCAUUGGGCUGUGUAGGAGCAUACACACUGAGGAAUACACCAAAGUGCCAAAGUAC